GAGGGGAGGGGGAAGUGGUGCAGGUGUCAGCCCAGGGGGAGGUGGAACUGGUGCAGGUAGGUCUAGACGGAGAGGUGGUGGGGUGGUGAGCCCAGGGGAAGGAGGGGGAGCGCAGGUGCUAUCUCUCGAGGUGACUCACCAUCCGCCACAGGUGUUAUCUAUUGACAGGCCUGUCCCGAGGGCGCAGGUGCUAUCUGGGGGGGAAUCCACGAGAAGGGUGCAGGUGUUAUCUAUUGACCGGCCGGUCCCAAACGCGCAGGUGCUAUCUCUAGAAGUGCCCUCCCCAGGGCUUAGCUGUGGCAUGAGCUGGGAUCGGAUAGAGUUUGGGGAGGAGGGGUUUUCUGAGGCGGGGACUCAGCAGACCUUGAGUUGGGAUCGGAUAGAAUUUGGGGAGGAGGGGAUAGAGGUUGAGGAGGGGUGGCGCAGGGAGGAGGAGGGGGGAUGGAGUGGUGAUGGGUGGGAAGGCUGGAGAGGGGACCGGGUGAUGGGAAGAGCGGACGAGGGAGAGGAGGAAGAGGAGGAGGAAGGAGGGGAGGAGGAGGAGGAUGCGGAGUUUUGCUCGCCCACAUGGCGGGAUGGGAGUGGGAGGGGGAAUGAGGAGCGCGAGAGGCGGCGGCGGUCUCAAGGGCUAGAUGCUGGCGAUAUUGAGGAAUACUCCGUGCCCCUGUCUGCUCAAGCCAGCAUCUCUCCCCUUCCAGCGUCCCACAGGCUCCCACCUCGCUCUCCCCUCGUCCGAUCCAAGAACCCACGUUCGGGAGCCUCCGUACCUGCAACUCCAAACCAGACCAGUGGUCCAGGUUGGGGGAUUGCCGAGCCCGAGUCCCCGGACCAAAGCAGCUUGGAUCGGAGCCCUGGCUACUCUGUUACUGGUAUUAGGGAAAGCAAGAGUGCCUCUAAAAUCAAGGAGAGCGCGGGAGGAGGAGAGGUGGAGAGCGAGAGGGUAGUGAUAAUGGGGGAGAGAGAAGGGAGUAUGGAGAGAAAGGGUCUGGAAAUGCAGGGGCAUUUGCAGCACCAGCACCAUCAGCAGCAGCAGCAGCAGCAGCAGCAGGGGCAGGUUGCAAAAGCAGGGAAGUCAAGAGUUGUCCAGCGUAAAUCCAACAGCUAUCACGGUGUAGAGGGGGUUACCACUCGGGUGGUAACAGCCAACAGUGCUGCUGCUGCUGGAGUGGCGUUUCAUCCAUCCUUUGCUGCCAAACCUCCUGCUCUCAAGCCUGCUGCUGGUGCGCCUCUGGCCAUGCGGAGGGCAGAGACGAUGAGAGGCCGUUCCAGAUCACUUGUGGGCGACCACAGUUCUGCUUGGACUGAGUUGCCGCAGCAGCCUCUUGGUGGUGGUGGUGGUGCUGCUGCUGGUUCUGCUGCUGGUGGUUCGCCUAUAGUCAUGCGGCGGGCAGAGACGCUGAGAGCACGGUCCCGAUCACUAGUGGAGGACUGCUGCUCGGGCCCUUUCGCUAGUACUAAUGCUGCUGCUGUUGCUGCCGCCGCUGCUGCUGCGUCAACUGCCACUUCUGCUGAGAGUCGCUUUCCUGUGUUGACGCAAAGUGCAGAGACGCUGCGAGCACGCUCCAGGUCACUUGUUGAAGAAAGCAGUUCCGGACCCUUUGAGUCACAGCAGCGCGCGGAGGCGUUGGCGUCAGGGCAGGGCCAGGCUAUCUCUAUGAGACGAGCCGAGACGCUUAGAGGACGACCGAGGAAGAAUAAUGCGGAUCAGCUGCAGGAACCGAUCACCAUGAGACGAGCGGAGACGCUUAGGGGACGGCCGAGGAAGAAUAAUGCGGAUCAGCUGCAGGAACCGAUCACCAUGAGACGAGCGGAGACGCUUAGGGGACGGCCGAGGAAGAAUAAUGCGGAUCAGCUGCAGGAACCGAUCACCAUGAGACGAGCGGAGACGCUUAGGGGACGGCCGAGGUCUGAUUCAGCGGAUUUCUCGACUCAGAACGAGGCGAGUGGCGUCAUGAAGCAGGUGGGAACACUGAGAGGGCGAUCUAGGUCGGACCAAGCAGAGUCUGUGCGUGUCGUGGAAGAGCCGACACAUGCCGAGCAGCAGCAGCAGCAGCAGCAGCAGCUCAUUGGCAUGAGGCGGGUAGAGACGCUGAGAGCACGGUCUAGGUCGGACCAAGCAGAUCCUAUGGCUUUUCUGGGGCAGCCGGGACAUCAGGAGCAACAACCUGUUGGUAUGAGGCGGGCAGAAACACUUAGAGGCCGGUCUAAAUCAUAUGCGGAAAAGCCUUUACUUCAGGAGCAGCUGUAUGGCAUGAGGCGCGUGGAAACGCUUAGGGGAAGAGCUCAAUCUGAUGCUCAAUCCGGUGCGUCUCCUUCCGGUGCGGACGUGGCUGUUGCUGCAGAAGGUUCGGGCUUGGGGAUGAGACGAGCGGAAACGCUUAGGGGAAGAGCACAAUCUGAUGUUGGCGCUGCAGGGUUACAGGAGCGGUGCUUUGCUAAGCAACAGGAGGGAACGAGCAGAGGGAGGCGUUGCUCUAGUGUGUCUCCUUCGGGUGCGGAUGUCCUUGCAACGCAAGAGCCGGUUUUGGGAAUGAGACGAGCGGAAACGCUUAGAGGAAGGCCCAAAUCCAGUGCAGUAGAGCUUACGGCUCAGGAGGAGCAGCAGGGGUCGGGGAUGAGACAAGCGGAAACACUUAGAGGAGGAAGGGCCAAAUCCAGUGUAGCGGAUCCUUCAGUACAGGAGCAGCAGCAGGGGUUGGGGAUGAGACGAGUGGAAACACUUAGAGGGAGGCCCCGAGCCACCCUUGGGAAGUCUACAGUGGAUCCUUCGGGGCAGCAGGGAGUGGAGAUGAGUCGCGCCGAGACGCUUAGGGGGAGGCCCCUACCCUCCCAAGGGGAUGCUAUAGUGGAUCCGUUGGAGCAGCAGGGAGUGGGGAUGAGACGCGCCGAGACGCUUAGGGGGAGACCCCUACCCUCCCAAGGGGAUGCUACAGUGGAUCCUUCAGAGCAGCAGGGAGUGGGGAUGAGACGAGUGGAGACGCUUAGAGGGAGGCACAAACCUAGCAUAGGUGAUUCGUCAAAUCAUGCCGGGAUGACAGGAGGGAAGAGUGGGGGGAUGCGAGCAGAGGAGUGUGGGGAGAUAAGCACAGGAGAGAGUGUGGAAAUGAGGCGAGCUGAGACGCUGAGGGGCAAGAGUGGGAUGAGAGGAGAGAGGGGGAUGGGAGGAAUGAGAGCGAGGUUGAGAAGUGGGUUUGAGCUGGAUAAAAUGGGCGAGGUGCGGGGGAUGCCUGGAGUGAGUGAGGAGCACGGAGCGGUGAUAAAGCAAGGAGAAAUAGUAUUUGAGCUAGCUAGAAUGGGUGAGAGGAAUACAUUUGAUCAAUUGGGCGAGGGGCAGGUGACGGAUGGAGUGAGGAAGCAGCAGGGCGAGGGGAUAGGUCGUAGAGAGGGUGUGGGGAUGAGGCAUGGAGAGACGGACGAAGGAACGGCCUGUGUGAGGGGUGUGAGAGUGAGGGGGGGGAGUGGGUCUGAGCUGAGUGAAACGGUCGAAGGGGGUGUGGAGGGGUUGGGUGGGGAGAGAGUAGUGGUGAUGAGACGAGGAGAGAGGUGGGGAGGAGGGGCUGACACGGGGCACAGAGAGGUGAUGGUGAAAGGGGGGGAUCGGAUGGGAGGAAUGGGGGGGAUGGGGGGGCUCGGGGGAAUGAGAGGGAGGGUCAGGAGUGGCUCUGAGCUGAAUGAGAUGCUGAGGGUGCUUGUGGGGGACGGAGUGGGCGAAGGGCAUGGGUUGGAGAUGAGGCGAGUAGAAACGAUGCGAGGGCGGGUCGAGCAAGGGGAGGCACGACGACAACAGCAGCAGCAGGGGCAGCAGCAGCAGCAGGGGUUGCAUUGGCAACAGGGGCAGCAGCAGCAGCAGCAGCAGCAGCGGCAGCAGCAGGGGCAGCAGCAGGGGCAGCAGGUGCAAGUGCAGACCGCUCAACGCUUGAAAGACAUUGAGGCAGGUGCUGCGGGUGCUGCAGAUGUUGCAGUUAGGGGCAGUUGCAGGAGCUAUCACAUGCGCCGAUCCCGAACCUCGUCUGUUGAGCGGCUCGCCUCUCACACCUCUCCUACCGAAGGACCCGUGGCUUAUGAGGUGGUUGGGAAGGGAGAGGAGCAAAGCGGGUUAGAAAACCCCGCAGGUGCAGGUGGGGCGGCAGUAAGAAGAAGUGGGAGGAGCUACCACAUGCGCCGAUCCCGAACCUCGUCUGUUGAGCGGCUCACCUCUCACGCUUCCCCCCCUGCUGAAGGACCCGGAGGGGAGAUGAGGCGAGCGGAAACUAUGGGAGGAAGGAUCGAGCAAGGGGAGGCACCAAGGCGGCGGCAGCAGCAGCAGCAGGGGCAGCAGCAGAAGCAAGCGCAGACUGACCAAAGCCCGGUGGAUAGCACCAGCGCGAGAAGCGGGGGACGGUACUGCAUGCGCCGAGCCCGAACCUCCUCCACCGAACGCCUUGUUACCAUUGAGUACUCCUCUCAGCAGCACGCCACCACCACCAGUGUGGGGACUGGCUCGAGCCGAGGGGGCAGCGUGAGGGAGAGGGGGAGGAAGCCGAGGCUGAGCGCGUGGGAUGUGUUUGGGGAUCAGGAGGGCCUGAUAGGGCAUGAAGGAGGGGGGCUGUUUCAGUCCAGUGCUCCCACACCUCGGGGUUCUAGAGCAAAAGGUUCUAACCUCACACCUCCCACUCCCAGAGGCUCUAGAAGAAGCAGCCGUGCGGCUUCAGCUUUUGAGUCGACUCAGACCCUCACACCUCCCACCCCCAAAGGGUCCACAGCCAGAUGUCAGAACGUCGGGUCUGUAUCAACUGCCCCCACACCCAGAGGGCUGAGAAAAGGCAGUGGUGCGCUUAAGCCCGCACGCAGCGUGUUUGAGGAUCUGAGUGCUAGUGACGCCACGUCAGCAGUACAUGUUGGUGAUGCCACAUCAGCGUUACAUGUGUGUGACGCCACAUCAGCAUUGCGGGCGGGUUCUGAGUUGGGCCAGCGGCUGCGUCGGUCAGGUUCAGAGAAUAAGGUGCAGCAGGGUAGAGGGAAGCGGCAGGUGAGGGCUCUGGGAGAAGGAGAGGAGGUGGAGCGUUUUGAGUUGAGGCAUGCGGUCUCGAUGGGUGGGAACCUGAGUUGCCGCAUGGAGGCUUGGUCUCUGCAGCAGCGGCAGCAGCAGAAGCAGCAUCAGCAACAGAGGCAGGAGCAGGCAAAGCAGCAGGAACAAGAGGAGCAAUGGCAGUACCAACAAGGGCAAGAGACGGAGCAACACCUUUCAUGGCAGCAGGGGCAGCAGCCGGGGCAGGGGGGAAAGCAGGAGCAGGAGGAGGGGCAACAGCAUGCUCGGGUGCGGUUGUUACUGCAGCGAUCCAUGAGUCUGAGAGAACGAGCAGCAGCCAGGGCUGCGGCACGAGAAGCAGCUUCGGCUGCUGCUACAGCGUUGAGUGCCGGAGGGGAAAUAGCAGCAUCGGCUGCAGAUGCUGGGAGCGAAAGCAAAACAGCUGAAGCCGCAACGCCUCCUGAUAGAGAAAGGGGAGGAGGAGGUGAGAAGUAUGAGGAGGCACCGCAGCAUCAGGAGGGCUUGUGCAUUCAGGCUGCUGAUUCCUUUUCCGAAAAAAGGCAGCAGAAAAUGCAGCAGCGUCAGCUUCAGAGGACUGUCUCUGCCCAACCACGCACCCCUAGGGGCUCAAGCAUUAUGGAGAGAGAAUGGGCUGUUGAGGCGCUUCAAGCCCCCCCUAGAGUUCUUAGGAAGGCAGCCUCUGGCGUGCCGCGCACCCCUAGAGGCUCAAGUUUAAUGGAAAGGGAGUGGGCAAAAGGGGCGCUUGAGCCGAUGCAGCCCAAGUCAGAGAGGAAAGAGGAUGGGGGGAAAGAGAGGCGAAAGGGGAUGGGUCAAUCGGGCAAAUUGGGAGUGAGAGAGGAGGUGGAGACGAGAGAGAGGAUGAAAGGAACGGGGGGAGAAGAGGGGAGGGGAAGUGGGCAGGGGCUUGAGGAGGUGCAGAGGCAGGGAGUGCAGCCGGAAAGGGGGGAGCCCGGGAAGAGUAACAAGCGGCAAGAGGGAGGGGAAGAGGAGCAAGAGGGAGGGGAGAGGGCGGCACUAAAGGAAAUGGAGCAGGAAAUUCGGGCCAUGAGGAAGAGACGCGCGCGAGAGAGAGCCGAGGCCAGGCGAGCUACAGAGAGUAAGAGGGGGGGAGAGGUUGACACAAGCGCAAGGGGUAGCGAGAGUGGGGGGAAGGAGGCGAGAGAUGGGGAGUUAAGGGAGGGAGGAGCAGGGAGGGAGUUGGGGGGAGAGCGAAGGAGGGGGGUGGAGAGGAGGAGUAGGAGCGUGGGAGAGGGUAGAUUGAAACCGAGUGCAGGAGCGGUGUGCGAAGCAGUGUCAGUAAAAGCAGUGGUAGCGGAAGAGGAGGAAGGGUCAGGGGGAUUAGAGGGGAGCAAAGCAAAUUCAUCGGAGGAAGAAAUGGCGUAUCCCCCUUUGAGUCGCAGCCGAACCCAGCCCACUCAAUUGCCCUCCCAGUCUUCCACCCCUCGAUACACCCACAUCCGCCCCUUUUCACCACUACUCCCCCAUACCGAUUUCGAGCAUGUUACCCGAACUGCUUACCACUUUGACAUGGCGCAGCCACUCUCCCCCGACCCUCAGGUUUGGGAGGAGCCCGAGGCUGAGACCGAACCUGAGGGCGGUGAUCCCCGAACCAAGCGGCGAGGCUUUAGAGACAGGCUGUUUGGCCGAAGCUCAAGCGCAGGCCGGGACAAACUAGCCGAGGCUGAUGCUGUAGAGAGAACGAUCCCAAGAGGGAGCCAAGACGGGUGGCUGGGGGGGGGAUUCUCAUUGCGCCUGUUCGAAACAGCAUUACCGAGAGACGGCUCGUAUGGGAGAGGAGGGAAUAUGUGGGGUCUGGAUGGCGGUGGUGGUGGCACGAUGAGCUGCGAUGGGUCACUCAAGCACAAUGCAGCCACGAGCCGGGAAAGCUCUCUGAAACAACAGUAUGGUUCCAUGAGCCGAGAUGGUUCUAUCAAACAGAAUGGCACGUUGAGCCGAGAUGCGUCGGUCAACCAGGAUGUGAGCCGGGACGGCCCGAGCAGGCUGUUCACCGAGUCCGGAGCUGAGAGUAGCAGCGGCGGUGGCGGGGGUGGCUUGUUGCAGCGGGUAAAGUCCCAAGCGGAGUCUGAUGCAGAGGGUGGCAACAGCAACCACAGCAGAAGCGGCCGUUUCUCCCUGAAAAAACACCUGAGGCGGCUCAAGAGUGGGGAUGGAAAGUCUCCGCUUCCCUCUCCUUUACCCCGUGUGGUGGACUCACUCUUCGACUUCGCUCCUGAGGUGUCUGGUUCCUCUCCCCCGUGCUCUUCCUCCCCCUCCCUCUCGGCCACGUGGGCUGGCAUGUUCUCCCGAACCCAGUCCGGUACGUCCGGGAGCCGCCUGUCAGGCUCGGUGAGCAGCUGGGUCCGAACCAGCUGGGCAGGCUCGGGUAGGAGGAGCAGGGACGGGGAAGGGAGGAUCGAGGCCGCCGCUGCUGUCGCUGCUGCCACUGCUGCUGCUGCUGCUGCUGCUGGUAGUAGUGGUGGUUUCGCUCACGGUGAUGGUGACAGUAAUGAUUGUGACAGCAUCAGUGUUGUGCCGAUGCGCAGGAGCAAAACGGAUGGGAGGAGUGACUAUAACGAGAGGGGAGUGAUUCCCGUUAGCAUGAGUGAAAGUAGAGAUUUCAUGGAUAGAGAGGUCGCAAAUGUGAUGGGGUUACUGGGAAUGAGAGGAGUGCAAGGAAUGGGAGGAAUGGAGGGGGAGGAAGAUGCAGAUGUGGAGGCAGAAUCUAUCCCCUUCUCACCCCUCAAGGUUCCCAAGUCUCCUUCCUGGGUUAGUGAAAUGGGCAUGUGGGCGACGGGGGGGAGGUAGGGGUUGUCGAUAGAUGGAGUGAGCAGUGGGGAGGUAGGUCUAACUCCUCUCACCCUUAUUAGUUUCCAAGCUUCCUUCCUGGGCUAGUGAAAUGGGCUUGUGGGCGACGGGGGGAAGGUAUGGGGGAUGAAAGUUGGACGCCUCAACCUUGCCGAAAACAGGGGAGAAGUUACAUACGAUUGUGUCAUAUCCAUAAGACAACGUAGUUAGCUGUUUUUUUUUUGUGCCUUUCUCUUAGAAUUCCAUGGUACUA